CUUAUUUGAUAGAAUGUUAUCUAUAUUUAUCUGAAACUUCACUUUUUUUUAAUUCCCAGAUAAGGUUGCAAAAUGUCACCCGAUUGUGGCACACAGAGCAUGCUGACAAGCUCCAGCCUUGUCUAAACAACAGUGAAGACAUCUGAACUGUGCUUUUGAGUUCAACGUAUCAGGGUUUUGGCUCGUAAUCUUCUCGCUGUGCGAUCCCACUCAAAGGAUGAGAUCUUCAAUCACUUCUUCUCCAUGCCUUACCCGCUCCUUCUUAAACCCUAAAUCUCUCUGCUUGCAGCCACAACUUCCCAAUAAAGCACCCAUCUCAGAGCCUCCAUCUUCAGAGAAUCCUAAUCCAAACGCCUACUGUCCCCAGGAAAUUGAUUCAGAAUCUAACUUUCCUGCGAAACCCACCACAGAAUCAGAAGUUUCCAUCAAAGCUUUUUCCCUAGAACCCAAACAGGUAGACGUUGCCGCAGAAAUUUCUCAAAACUCGGUUUUGACUCAAACCCACGUGAUAAACAUUCUUCUGAGCCACAAGAGCAAACCAAGAUUGGCUUUGAAGUACUUCAAAGGGGUCGAGAAAAAGCGAGGCUUUGUUAAAAGUGUGGAUUCCUUCUUUGUUUUGCUGCACAUUUUGGGGGGUUUUCCGCCGACCCAUAAAGCCGCUCAAAAUUUGCUUAAUCAGUGCGUCUCGGGCGAUUCUGAUCCCGCCCCGGGUGUUUUAGUCGAUCACUUAGCAGAAUGUGCUAAAAGGUUCACAUUUGGGUUAAAUCCAAGGGUCUUUAAUUAUUUAUUGAAUAGUUAUGUUAGAGCCAAUAGAAUAAAAGAUGCUAUGCUUUGUUUUGAUAGAAUGAUAGAGAGUGAUAUAACUCCUUGGGUACCCUAUAUGAAUAUUCUUUUGACGGCAUUGGUAAGAAGAAACUUUUUCAAUGAAGUGCGAGAGAUGCAUAAUAAGAUGGUAUUGAAAGGAAUUAGCGGUGAUUGCUAUACAGUGCAUGUGAUGAUGCGUGCGUGUUUGAAGGAAGGGGAGGUUGAGAAGGCGGUGGAGUAUUUUAUAGAUGCAAAGGCCGCAGGUGUAGAACUUGAUGCAGCAGCAUACAGUAUUGCUAUUCAGGCAGUUUGUGCGAGACCUGAUUGGGGUUUGGCUAAUGGGUUCUUGAAGGAAAUGAGAGAAAGGGGAUAUGUUCCCUCCGAGGGUACAUAUACUUCUGUUAUUGGGGCUUGUGUGAAGCAAGGAAAUAUUGUAGAGGCAGUGAGGCUUAAGGAUGAGAUGUUGAGUUGUGGGAAGCCAAUGAAUUUGGUUGUGGCAACAAGUUUGAUGAAAGGGUAUUGCGUGCAACGUGAUCUGAAUAGUGCUUUGGAUUUGUUCAAUAAGAUUGGUGAGUUUGGGCUCUCACCAAACAAGGUUACAUACUCAGUCUUGAUUGAAUGGUGCUGUAACAAUGGGAACAUGGAAAGGGCCAACGAGCUUUACACCCAAAUGAAAGACAAGGGUAUCCAGCCAAGUGUCUUUAAUGUGAAUUCCUUGAUCCGUGGAUUCUUAAAAUCUCACUCUCUUGAAAAUGCGUCCCAGUUGUUUGAUGAGGCUAUCAAAUGCGGUAUUGCCAAUGUGAUCACAUAUAAUAAUCUUUUGUCAUGGUUCUGUGAAGAAGGUAAGGUUAAUGAGGCUCAAAGUGUAUGGGAAAAGAUGAUCAGAAAUGGUGUGGUGCCCACUGUAGUUUCAUACAACAACAUGAUACUUGGCCACUGCAGAGAAGGGAAUAUGGAUGUUGCAAACAGUGUAUUUCUUGAGAUGGUGGAAAAGGGCUUAAAACCUAAUGCGAUCACGUAUUCUGUUUUGAUGAAUGGGUAUUUCAGAAAAGGAGAUACUGAACAUGCCUUUGAUUUGUUUGACCAAAUGGCAAGUGCAAAUAUUGUUCCCACAGACUUCACAUUGAACACUAUUAUCAAUGGCUUAUGCAAAGUUGGCCGCACAUCUGAGGCAAGGGAUAGGUUGAAGAACUUUGUUGAUAGGGGUUUUGUUCCCAUGUGUUUGACUUACAAUAGCAUCAUACAUGGAUUUUUCAAGGAGGGUGCCAUCAAUUCUGCAUUGGCUGUAUACAGAGAGAUGCAUGAAAGUGGAGUUUCCCCCAAUGUUGUGACAUACACGAGCUUAAUUGAUGGGUUUUGCAAAAGCAAUAAUAUUGAUCUUGCUCUGAAAAUGAGGAAUGAGAUGAAAAAUAAGGGUCUUGAAUUGGAUGUUAUCGGAUAUAGCACUUUGAUUGAUGCGUUUUGCAAAAGGCGGGACAUGGAAAGUGCACGUGAACUCUUCUCUGAACUGUGUGAAGUUGGUUUGGCUCCUAAUACAGUUGUGUACAAUAUCAUGAUUAGCGGCUUCAGGAAUCUAAAUAACAUGGAAGCGGCCCUUGACUUACACAAGAAAAUGAUAAAUGAGAAUAUUCCUUGCGAUUUGCAAACUUACACGACAUUGAUUGAUGGAUGGUUAAGAGAAGGUAAAUUGCACAUUGCAUCCGAAAUUUACUCGGAGAUGCUUUCCAAGGGUAUUAUGCCUGACAUUGUCACCUAUACCGUUCUGAUAAAUGGUCUUUGUAACAAAGGACAGCUAGAAAAUGCACAUAAGCUUUUGGAAGAGAUGCAUGGGAAGUGCAUGACUCCUAGUGCUCUUAUUUAUAAUACUUUGAUUGCUGGACACUUUAAGGAGGGGAAUCUGCAAGAAGCUUUUAGACUACAUGAUGAGAUGCUUGACAAAGGUGUUGUACCUGAUCAGAAUACUUACGAUAUUCUUGUGAAUGGGAAGGCCAAGGGAAUAAAUACUCUUGCUGCAGAUUCAUGACCGUAAGUAAUUGGUUCACUGGUUAUGGCGUAUGGAGACGUUGCUAAGAGGUUCCACCAUUUCAAAGACGGGUUGUGCUCUUGCCGGGAUUAUUGGUGAACAGACCGAAAUUUGAGGUCUUAGUUCGGUGAUUUUGAAGGUAAGGCCAUGGCGCUUCCUCACCCAGAAAGCAGUGAAGAAAACUGCCCACAACAUGUCUAAAUCAUUAUUAGAAGGAGCAAGAUCACUCUCCCCAGGAUUGAUAAUUUUUUACUCAAUACUCUUGGGUAUUUUGUCCGUGAAUUGACCUCGACGCAAACAGCAAGAACAUCCUCUUUCCCAGCACUGAAGCUUUGUUUUUUCUUUCCCAACACUGUUCUUACA